CCUCUCCCCCGCCCUCAUCCAGACGACCUCCGCAGCCACCUGCAUUCACCCCUUGCAGCGUGCGCGCAUUAAACCAUGGUCGUGGAUGAAAAACUACCCGUGGACCACGGCGACCUGUCGCCGGAACCGUCGCAGUAUGCGGCCGUCAACGAGCGCAAGCUGAUGGCCAAGGUCGACUGGCAUGUGGUACCGUGCCUGUGUGUGAUGUAUCUCCUCGCGUUCCUGGACCGAGUGAACAUUAGUAACGCCGCCGUCCUGGGCCUCGAAUCCGAUCUCCACAUCACCGAGGGCACGAAAUACAACACCGCGCUCACCAUCUUCUUCGUGCCGUACGUUAUUUUCGAGAUUCCGUCCAACGUGUUGAUGAAGAAGCUUAAACCGCACACAUGGUUGUCACUUUGUAUGUUCGGUUUUGGCUUGGUGAUGGUUUGUCAGGGCUUUGUUCAGAAUUGGGGUGGAUUGAUGGCCACGCGCUGGUUUCUGGGCAUGUUUGAGACCGGACUGUUCCCUGGAUGUUUCUACCUGCUGGGAAUGUGGUAUAAGCGCAGCGAGGCGCAGAAGCGAUUCAGCUUCUUCUUCAGCUCGACGACCCUGGCUGGCGCCUUCGGUGGUCUGCUCGCGAGUGGCCUCGGCAAGAUGGAUGGGGUCCGAGGGCUGGCUGGAUGGCGCUGGGUGUUCAUCAUCGAGGGUAUCAUCACGUGUGUGGUAGCCAUGGGCUGCUUCUUCGUUGUCCCGGACUUCCCGGAGGAUGUCAAGUGGCUCACGCACGAGGAGCGCGAGUUCCUGCGCGACAAGCUGGCGCAAGAUGCGGGCAAGUCGGCGGUCGAUGCCAAGGUUGGCUGGCGCGAUAUUCUGGCCGUGUUCAAGGAUUACAAAAUCUUCAUCGGCGGUUGGAUGUACUUUGGACAGGUGGUGACUGCCUAUGGAUACGCCUACUUCGCCCCGACCAUUAUCAAGACCUUCGGCUACGGAGCGAUUAAAACCCAGUUCUAUUCCAUCCCCCCGUGGGCCGCAGCCUUUGGCUUCUCGAUGCUCAUCGCCUACCUCUCCGACCGCUUCCGACACCGCUUCCUCUUCACCCUCAUCCCGAUGCUCGUCGCGAUGGCCGGCUUCGGCAUCCUGAUCAACAUCCACAGCACGACGCAGCACCACGUCCAAUACGGCGCGCUCUUCCUUGUGACGUGCGGCUGCUACAGCGCCAUGCCAGUGUUAGUCUGCUGGUUCGCCAUGAACCUGGGUGGUCAUCGUCGCCGCAGCGUGGGAACCGCCUGGCAGAUUGGCUUUGGCAAUAUCGGCGGCAUCAUCUCCACCUACUCCUUCCUCUCCAAGGACGCACCCUUCUACCGCAACGGGUACAUCAUCGGCGUCUCUUUCCUGGCCUUCUCGGCCGCCAUGUCCUGCCUGUACUUCCUAGCCAUCUGGCACGAUAAUCGCAAACGCGACCGCGCCAUCGCCGACGGGACUGUCGAUCUGAAUGCCCUCACUGAGGCGGAGGAGGAGUAUAUGGGCGAUAUGGCACCGACGUAUCGGUAUGCCUACUGAUUUUGAGACAUGUCUGUUCGAUUUUGUUUUGGAUGGGUUUUCGGCAAUAUAGGUAGUAAUAAGUAGUAGGAUUGGCGUGGAG